UCUAACCCGAAACUCUUUCGUGGAACAGUAGAACACCCAACUCUUUACGCUUCAUUGUCUGUUUCUCCUAUCUUCUGCCACAGCCUCGCACUGACAAAGGGAGCCGCUGUUUAUUAACAUGCAUAAGUAGUCAGUAAAUCAAGAUCAAAAUCCUAUUCCAGGCUGCUGCUAUGGCGACCACCAAGGUCUUUAUAGUGUAUUACUCCUUACAUGGACACGUGGAGAUUAUGGCAAGGGAAGUGCAACGAGGAGCUAAUGCAGUUCAAGGUGUUGAAGCAACACUUUGGCAGGUACCUGAGACACUCUCAGACGUGAUACUCCAAAAAAUGAAGGCCCCUACUAAAGCGAAUGAUGUGGCAGAGAUCAGGCCAGAACAACUUCAGGAGGCUGAUGGUUUUAUUUUUGGGUUUCCUUCUCGUUUUGGGGUGAUGGCAGCCCAGUUCAAGGCAUUCUUCGAUGCCACCCAUGAGCUAUGGGCAUCCCAAGCACUUGCUGGCAAACCUGCUGGAAUAUUCUGGAGUACUGGUUUUCCUGGGGGAGGCCAGGAGCUCACUGCAUUGACGGCUGUAACACAGUUAGCACAUCAUGGUAUGUUAUAUGUCCCUCUUGGCUACACCUUUGGCAGCGGCAUGUUUGAAAUGAAUGAGGUGAAAGGUGGCUCUUCUUAUGGUGCUGGAACUUACGCAGCAAAUGGAUCUCGUCAACCGACGGAGCUAGAACUCGAGCUGGCCUUCUACCAGGGUAAAUAUGUUGCCGAGAUAGCUAAAAAGCUGAAAAAUCAACCCCUUUAAGCAAAUAAUGUAAAGUCUGACAAUGUUAAGGAAGAAAAUUUGAGGAGAGAAGGAAAGCAAGAGCAACCUUCACUCACCUAUCACAAAUCAACUGAGAAAGAAAACUCCAACCAGAACUUCUGUCGCUCAUGUACUGAGCUUGUAGAAAAAGUAUAUAACAUCUUCCUUUUACAGCAAUGACUUUUAUGUAUAUAAUAAUCACAGUUAAUAUGCUUGGGAUUAUGUCUCCCAAUUUCCCAUUUUGUAAUCGAUCAAACAUCAAGAAAAAUAUAUAGUAUGUACAAAGUUUUUCUUUAUUUGUUU